UAUUGGAAUGAGUUUUGUUGAAAACUUCACGUCAUUGUGCCCGAAUGGUUCAAAAUGGGUUUGGGAUGUCUUUGGGGAAUGUGCCCAGGAUGUGAGGGACAUGGCGAGCGUCUAUCUUGGUCUGCUGUCCUGUCUUUGCUUCAUAGUGUCUACUCUACCACAGUACUACAUGUCCUGCAAAACACAAAAUAUGGAUGAUGCUGUCUCGAUUUGGUUUCUGCUGCUGUGGUUGGGAGGUGACUCCUGCAAUCUACUGGGCUCCUUCUUGGCUGACCAGCUUCCACUUCAGGUAUAUACAGCACUUUAUUUUGUUGCUGCCGAUUUGGUUUUGCUGGCAAUGUACUUUUACUACAAGAUGCAGAACAGAAUGGCUGAAGAAGGGAACAGGCAGAUUGUAUGUGUGAUGGGUGUGGCCUGUGUGUUGAGCUUCACUUCCACUCUCAUUUGCCUGCCCGGGUCAAGCGCCCAAGAAGACAUUAUUCCUUCUGGGUUUAAAGGUCGCACCUUGCUCUCAAUCAUUGAUCCGCAUGUUCUCCUUGAAUUGCUGGCUCGUUUUACUUAUGGAGAGAUCAUCGGCUUCUGCUUUGGUUCUUUGUCAGCUUUGCUGUUCCUGUGUUCCAGAUUUCCCCAGAUUUACACAAAUCACAAAAGGAAGUCAACAGAGGGAGUCUCGUACUGUCUAUUUGUUCUAACCAUCAUGGGGAAUGUCACGUAUGGCUUGAGUGUCCUGCUGAAGAACCCUGAGCAAGGUGAAGGUGAGGCCAGCUACCUGGUCCAUCACCUGCCCUGGCUUAUCAGCACUCUUGGCAUGCUCCUCUUGGACAUCAUUGUAUCCUUUAAAGUUUCAAAAACACCAGUCGCUCCUUAAG